UCAGUGUUCAGAGAUUCAAUUAAUUAGCCAACUUCGAAGUUCACUUACUUCACUCAACUAUGGAAAACUAAAAACCGCCCCACACCUCAUCUGUGUGGAAGUAACUAUAAAAAUCCACAAAAACGGCAUGGCAGCAGUUAUCUAGGACGCAUUGCACGAGAAAAAUGGAUAUAAAAACACACCCAUUACUCAAUCACAAAUCCCCAUCUCAAAACAAAAACACCCACCAAGUGUUUGUAAAAUUUCCCAAGUGAAAAAUGGCAGGAACCCACAAUCGGCGCACGAUGAUCAGUGCCCUAGCCUUCGUCGCCAUCUUCACAAGCCCCAUGAUGAUCGCCCUGUCCCAAACUGACGACGAGGCAGCUUGCGAACCGGUGAUGCAGGAGCUGACGCCAUGUCUCAGCUUCAUCAAAGGCAGUGACAGCGAGUUCGGUGGUCCGAAACCGUCGCCGGAGUGCUGUAACGGCGUAAAAAAGUUGAUCAGCGACACCAAAACGAAGGCGGACAAGGUAGCUACGUGCGAGUGUCUGAAGAAGGCUUUGGGGAUGAUCGGAACUUAUGAUCCGAGUCGCAUCCCUUUGAUUACGAAGAAUUGCGGAAUCGCCAUCCAAAUCCCUCCCAUUGAUAAUUCCACCGACUGCUCGAAGAUUGAGGGACUCCAAUUUGGAAGUGCUGUGUUAUAUGAGCUUGGGAAUUAAGCAGAUCCCAUAUGAUAUUUCUGAGUUUCUUAAUGUUUCAGAAUAAGAUUGACAAAGUCAUGUAUUAGUCUCUCAAUAAUCAUAAUUUUAAAGGCCAGUAA